UCCUGUGCUGAACUAACUGGCGGUAGAGACCGGGUUUAAACCGCGGGUUUUUCUCGUCUGCUAGACCGCGCUUCACCUGCCACAACAACUGUUAGCAGUUAACUUUUUUUAAACCCGCGUUUCAAAAUUAUCACUUUGGAAGUUACGGACAUAUUUUAAAUAAAUCAACAAAAAUAAAUUAAUUAAAACGCGUAUUCACAACAACGAAAACCAGAGUAAAUUUAAAAGUUUAAUCUGUUCUUAAAAACAGUUAUCUACCAUUGUUAUUUAUACCGCUUGUAAAUUCUCCUUAACACUACGUAAAAAAAAGGUUCUCUCCCCUUGCGAGUGCGGGGAAAGAUAAGCUACGAAGGAGGACCACACUUAGCCCACUUCGCUGUACGGCAGGGCAGUCGUCGCGUGAUAUGGAACGCAUUCCCCUAGUAUUUCACGCUCAUCGGCGGGAUCUGGUGUCGCGGAAGUUUGUGGUGUGUGUGAUGGAUAUUUAAUACUGACAUGGAUGCUGUCCCCUGGUGUACUGAAGGUUGGUGUGUGAGGAAUGGUUCCAUGGAUAACAUAAUUACUGCCGUCUGUUAGAGGAGUUUUUUUUUUUCUUUGUCGAAACGGAGACGAGGAUGGAGUUGAACACGACCGAAGCCUCUAACGCCACCAACGGUAGUACCUAUGACGCAUUAUGGUACCUGAAAUACGAAUACCCAGCCGCCUUAGCCAUCGACAAGUACGUCACACCCAUCAUCGUCGUCGUCGGUCUGAUGGGCAACAUCCUCUCUUUCAUCGUCUGGAUGCAAAGGAGAAUGAGAAACUCUUCCGGUUACUACUUAGCGGCCUUGGCCCUGAAUGAUCUGAUUUUUCUUAUCCUGCACAUAAUCUUUGAGAUACAUACGACCUGGGAGGAAAAAGUGCUGAACCACCCAUUCGUCUGUGAGUUCUACCCCAUCAUUAGCUUAGCCCCGCAGUACAUAUCCUUGUUCUUCGUUCUGGGUUUCACAACGGAGAGGUACAUCUCAAUAUGCCACCCGUUCAAACGAGAAAAGUACUGCACCAUUAAAAGAGCCAAAAUCGUUAUCGCGUGCCUUACUUUCGCCAUGUUGUGUCUUGCCGCCCCCCAUGGGUACUUCUAUACGUUGGACACUAAAAACGUAAGCGGCACAAUCGAGUAUGAUUGCAAUCUCAGAGAACAUGUACAGGAAGGGAAUGCCAGCUCCAUUUAUAAUAUUUACAAUCUGUGCGUCGAAGUGCUGGCAUUUUUUAUUGUGCCGAUUGCUGUGUUAGUCUUAAACAUCUUUGUCAUCCGUGAACUCCGAAGACUGUCCCAAACGGAGCAGUCCACUCAAGGCUCUCCUCAGCGGACUGCCGCGACAACCUUAAUGCUGCUGGCUGUGUCGUUUUACCACAUCAUCACCACGCUUCCCGUUACAGUCGUCUACGCUUUGAACUUGGAGUUUUACAUCAACCCCAGCGAUUUCGAAAAAAGCGAACCCCGUGCGGUGAAGAUACAUUUCACGUACCUGUUGACCCUGAGCAUCCUGAAAGAGUACGGUAUCACCCACUACGCGUUUAACUUCUUCAUCUACGUCAUCACGGGGAAGAUGUUCCGUCAGGAGCUGAAGAAACUUUUCAUCAAACCUUUCAGCAAGUUGGCCUUAAGCUUGCCUACCAACUACACCAGUCUAAGGACUAGCGUCAGAGCCACAGAACUCUCUAGAAACUGGACGUGUACCAACGGCAACAACCAUAGUGUUAAGAACGGCAACAACGGCGAGACGCUAUUGUAACGCGCUUUAAAAUGUAUCGCUAACAUUUCUACUGCGGUUUAUUUAUUCGCAGAAUAUAACAACGUGAUUUGAAUUGUGCCGCUAAUUAUACACUAACAAAUUCAGAUCGUGAAUGUAAAUACUUAUAUUUAAAAAAUAAAAACACAUCUGCAACACGUAUGCAUGACCUGUCAUUAUUCAAAUGUAAAUCAACCUCACAUAUGUAAAAAACAAUUGUAUCAUUGAACUGGUUAUUAAUUUAAUGUAUAUGCUGAUCAUUGUUUACUGAAGAAUUUCUCUGGGUGCCUGUGACUCAAUUAGAACUAAACCUGAUAAAACUAACACACUAACAAUCUGUUUUAGUUUACACGGAUCAAAUGUUGCUGCGAUUUUUGUUUUGUUGUUUUUUUUGUUUUUAAAUACUUGUCGCUUUAAAAAUAUGGUUGUUAUAUACUUAAUAACAUGUUAGAUAAAUAAACUUAUAUGUACAUAUCGUUA